AUGAUCCUGCAUUCAUCCGUCAAUAUCUCUCACCUUCCGAACGAACUGCUGGCUAGCAUUUUUAGUAUCUUUCGUGGCGGCGAAGACCAAGACUCGUCCGGAGCUGACAAUGACAGUAAACAUCUUACAGAACGAUUGGCUGCGCAAGAAGCGCCACUUCGUGCUAUUAUGCUUACCUGUCGACUAUGGAGCGUGUUGGCCGCGCCUCUAUUAUGGAAAGUCAGGGUAUUAGACUCGGCAAUACCAAAUGAAGUUCGGAAAUUCGCUUACGUAGUCACUCAUGGAACCUACUUUCCGUAUGGAGACUAUGUAGAGAGGUUAAGGAUUAAUAUCGGGCCUAAUAUCACUCCCGAAAUAGUGCAAUGUGUUGCUGAUAAAUGCAGAGGGUUGAAGUAUUUAUGCUUGGUUGGAACGUAUAAAGAUACAAGACCAGCACAGAUUCCUGACUCGAUAACUAAUGAUAAUCUUCCGUGGGGAGCCAUUGCCCGUAACUGUCGCCGAAUUGACAGCCUUGUUCUAAUGAGUUGCUUAUACAGUCUAUCACUUUCCGAUUUUGUCAACAAUCUUUCACCGCUACAACGACUUGCCCUGAUUGGGUGUCCGCCCUAUCCGGCGACGUUCUACGUGAGUCUAACAAAAUGUUGCGGUAGUAACCUGCGCCGUAUCUAUCUCAGAGCGUUUGAACCAGCCCACACCGACUUUAUGCUAAAUCUAAUAGCUAUGAAUUGCCCAGAAGUCAAAGAUUUGUUUUUCUGCUGGCCACCGCGCAAGAGAAACAUACAGCAAUAUGCCGUUACCAGUGUUACGCUUUCCAAGUUACUUUCAUCUUUACGUGGAUUGCGUCAUCUAUCAUUGUUUUGUUUUCUUGACGUAAACGAUAAAGCAUUUAAACUUCUUGCGAAACACGAAGACUUGAGGGUGCUCGAUAUGCCGUUGUUGUUCCAAAGAAUAUCUUUGGAUGCAUUAAAUCUUUUUGCCCAACACCUGACCAAGCUAGAAUAUUUGAAUAUCAUGGCCCCUAGUGCAGAUGCCGAGUUCAUUCGCACCAUGGUGUCGAAGAGUAAUAUAUUGGAACGUAUGAGACUAUAUGCUAUGGACCCGGCUCUAGUGAUGAAUCCGAAUAUCAAAGAUUCGGAUUUGAAAAAGUACUUUGUUCCACAAGGUCUUUUUGUAAACAUGCUUUGGCAUAAGCAUGGAACUUUGAAAGAUACAGCAUGGUUGGACGAUGAUUU